AUGCCUCCCCUUGGCUUCCUACGUCAUGUGAUUGCUGCAAGUUUAACAGAAUAUUUCAGACAAACUACUGUGACCGAGUUCCUUCUGAUGGGAUUUUCUGAAGACCAUAAUGUGCAAAUUGUGCAUUUUGUGGUGUUUCUUUCCAUUUACUUGAUCGCCUUAAUGGGGAAUUUUCUCAUCAUCACUGCUGUGGCCCUGAAUUACCACCUUCACACUCCUAUGUACAUUUUUUUGGUGAACUUAUCUUUGAUUGAUAUUUGCUACAUCUCCACCAUUGUCCCCAAAACCAUGGCGAUUUCCUUAACAAGCAACAAACUGAUUUCUUUUUCUGGAUGUGUUGCUCAGGUUUUCUUGGUUUUGACAUUUGCUGGUGCUGAGCUCGCCCUCCUCACUGUCAUGGCUUAUGACCGCUAUGUAGCAAUCUGUCAUCCUCUGCAGUACAAGGUAAUGAUUAGUUCCGAGGCCUGUAUCCAGAUGGCGGCUGCUUCCUGGGUAAGCAGUGUGAUUCAUGCAGUCCUUGAAACUACUAUCACAUUUAGACUAAGCUUUUGUCGGUCCAACGUUAUUGGACAGUUUUUCUGUGAUAUUUCUCAGUUGCAAAAGAUUUCAUGCUCUGAUACACAGUUUAGCCAUGGUUUUACCUUUUCAGUUGGACUUCUUGCAGGCUCAUUUUGUUUUGUGUUCAUUUUUAUUUCCUAUGGCUACAUCUUUUCAGCUGUGCUUAAAAUCCCAGCAGAUCAAGGCAGAUAUAAAGUCUUCUCUACUUGCACUCCGCACUUGACUGUCUUUUCUUUUUUUAUCAUCACAGCUAUGUUUGUAUAUUUGAGGCCUAAUGGACCUUCCUCUCCAACUGUAGACUUACUGUCUGCUAUUUUGUACACAGUUUUGCCACCAGUACUCAAUCCCAUCAUUUAUAGUCUCAGGAAUAAGGAUAUUCAAGAGGCUGUGCGGAAGAUAACAAAGAAAUGUAAAUUGCAUAGCAUGAUUCCUUAG